AUGUCGCUUUGCAAGUGCUCGGGCACCACGGGCCUGGUGCACAUCUCGUGCCUGGAUCAUUGGCUGAACGCCCAGAACGUGGACCACUGCGACCGUUGCCAUCACCGAUUUCCCACCGCUGCCCAAGCCACCUGCAUCCAUCAGUUCUUCCACUGGGCUCUGCCGACUGACUCGCCAUCAGAUGUGCAAGGAGACCGGUUCUGCUUUGCACUUAUGACGCCAAUGGCUGCCCUCGGCGGAUUCUUUUGUGUCCUCGACGCCUUCAAGCAAGUGCUGACAGGCCAAAUCAUGGGAGUGAUCAGCGUGGUCACUCUAGCUGGCCUUUUGAUUACUGCCUACUUGUUCUGGUGCGUGUUCACGGUGCACUUUGAUUACCGUGCAUUUGCUCUAUGGCAACCACGGAAUCCGAUGCGCAAAAUUUUGGUACAGCGUACUGCUGUGCCGGAAUUUGUACAAGCCAGGAGUGCGGGUGGUCAGCAGGAGAGCUCGGGGGAGAAGGAGGACAUCUCGGCUGCAAGCGUCACCGAGAGAGAGCGCACAAUGCAGCUGGAUGAGUUAGUCGGCUGA